UAUUUAAAUCUGUUAAGAUUAAGGUAUUCCCUAUUAUCAGAGGAAGUACAUAGAACUACAAAUGUGAUGUCGCUGUUAUGACAGUGAAGUAAGCAUUGAGGUUCAGCCAAUCCAUAACCCAGCGUGGAGAGAAUACCAGCGUUGUUCUGAUCAAGAUACAGCAUUGAAGUGAAUUGUUUGAUGGGAAUGGCCAUUUUUUAAUUUCAACAUUCAGUAACUGACAAAUGAGGUUGCAAGAAGUGCCAGCCAGUCUUGGCUGAGAAGACAGAAUAAAAAGAUGCCUGCUGAACCCUGUGGUGAUCAGGACAUACCUGGACCCUGGUCGUCCCCAAUAGGGCUGGAUGAAGGAAGUCGAGGCCUCUUCACUGAGGCUGCUGACCUGGCAACACGUCUAGAAAAAUAUACACAGCGGGCCCUGCAGGUCAUGGAGGCCUGUCAGGCUGGAGCAGGGGAUGGGUUCAAAGGUCGUGCAGAGAAGUUGCUGAACAUCUUCCAGAGCGACUUGUUCCAGGCCUUGUUGGAUAUACAGGAGUUCUAUGAGCUGACAGUGUGUGAGGAGCAGACGUCAAGCCGACCACUAACACCUGGACAGAAGUAUCGCUACCAUGAUGACGAGAGUCCGUCUGUCGAUCCAAGCCCUGGUCACAUGACCCAUGGACGCAGCGCAGAGUUAACACAGGCACAUCUGGACGGAUACACGCACCCUGCAGCUAUAACCAUGAACGGAUCUGAAGGAGAGUUGGAGUACGAGGAGAUAACGCUGGAGAGAGGGAACUCUGGUUUGGGCUUCAGCAUCGCAGGAGGAACCGAUAACCCUCACAUUGGAGACGACCCCUCUAUCUUCAUCACCAAAAUCAUCCCCGGAGGAGCGGCUGCCCAAGACGGACGCCUCAGGGUGAACGACAGCAUCGUAUUUGUGAACGACGUGGAUGUGCGUGAGGUCACUCACUCCAUCGCUGUGGAGGCGCUGAAGGAGGCGGGGCCUGUUGUCAGGCUGUAUGUCUUACGCCGGCGCCCCCCAAGUGAACGCAUCACCCAGAUCAAGCUGAUGAAGGGCCCCAAAGGUUUGGGGUUCAGCAUAGCUGGCGGCGUGGGGAACCAGCACGUCCCUGGAGACAACAGCAUCUACGUCACCAAAAUCAUUGAGGGUGGAGCGGCGCAUCGUGAUGGGCGGUUACAGAUUGGCGACAAAAUUCUGGCUGUGAACCACAUGUCGCUGGAGGACGUCCUACAUGAGGACGCGGUGUCAGCUCUGAAGAACACGGGGGAGGUGGUCUAUCUGAAAGUGGCGACGCCCACCGCGCAGUACAUCCACCCUGCUGAUCGCUACAGCCCCCCUGACCUCACCAGCUCCUACAUGGAACCAGACUACAUGUGCGACUACCCUCAAGCUCUGCCUCCCCCGUCCCCCCGACGAUACUCACCGAUCUCUCGGGUCAUGAUGGGGGAAGACGACUACUCCCGAGAGCCUCGCCGUGUGUGUGUACAGCGGGGAUCCACGGGGCUGGGCUUCAACAUCGUGGGAGGUGAAGACGGAGAGGGAAUCUUCAUCUCCUUCAUCCUGGCAGGGGGGCCAGCGGACCUGAGUGGAGAGCUUAAAAAGGGAGACCAGAUCCUCAGUGUGAACGGUGUGGACCUCCGGUACGCCACGCACGAGCAGGCGGCAGCAGCUUUAAAGAAUGCCGGCCAGACUGUUACUAUCGUGGCCCAGUACAGACCUGAGGAGUACAGCCGCUUUGAAGCCAAGAUCCACGACCUGAGAGAGCAAAUGAUGAACAGCACGUCGGGGAGUCUGAGGACCAAUCGCAGCUUCUACGUCAGGGCUUUGUUUGACUAUGACAAGCAGUGGGACUGUGGCGUCCUGUCACAGGCUCUGGACUUCAACUUCGGGGAGGUGCUCCAUGUGGUGGACAGCUCCGAUGAUGAGUGGUGGCAGGCCAGGCGGGUGAACCAGCAGGGGGAGCUGGAGGAGCUUGGUUACAUACCCUCAAAACACAGGGUUGAGCGGAAGGAGUGGUCACGGAUGAAGAGUAAAGGAAGAGAAGGCUUCAUCCACAGUUAUGAGCCUGUCACUCAGAUCGAAGUGGACUACGCUCGACCAGUCAUCAUCCUGGGACCGACCAAAGACAGAGUGAACGACGACUUGCUCUCCGAGUUCCCGGACAAGUUUGGCUCCUGCGUCCCCCACACGACUCGCCCUCGCAGGGACUAUGAGAUGGAUGGACGCGACUACCACUUUGUGUCGUCACGGGAACAGAUGGAACGGGAUAUCCAGUCCCAUCGGUUCAUCGAAGCGGGUCAGUACAACAACCACCUGUACGGGACGUCGGUGCAGAGCGUGAGGCAGGUGGCAGAGCAGGGGAAGCACUGCAUCCUUGAUGUGUCAGCCAACGCAGUUAGGAGGCUGCAAGCUGCUCACCUUCACCCCAUAGCCAUCUUCAUCAGGCCCCGAUCCUUGGAGAAUAUCCUGGAUCUGAACAAGCGUCUGUCCGAGGACCAGGCCAGGAAAGCUCUGGAUCGAGCCAUUAAACUGGAGCAAGACUUCCUUGAGUGUUUUACAGCCAUCGUGCAUGGGGACAGUUUCGAGGAGGUGUACCACCUGACCAAGGCCGUCAUCGAGGAGCAGAGUGGACCCUACAUCUGGGUGGUAACUCGUGAAAGGCUGUGAUUGGCCAGCAACAGGUGCCUUCCACACGGAAACCAUUCUGCUGCCCCCCCUGCUCCCCCACCUUCCCGGCGGCAGUGUGACUUGACAAAAACAGCUGACCACUUUAUUGUUUUCUUUUUGUUUCGUUAUUUCCCUUUUUUCCUGGAUGACAAAUGAACACCGGCUGCUGUCACCAUGGCAACCACGUGUCUGAAGGGCCAGCGAUCAAAGAUUUAAUCAAUAAUCCUGUGUUAUCAGUAAACGAUGAACCGGACUUUAGAGUUCAGUUGAUAUUGAAGUAAUUAUAUUCUCAUAUUUA